AUGCAGCAGUGGAAUGGUGGUUUGCAUCCUCAAGGAGUUCCACAGGUAGCUACAGGUGGUAGUUUUCUAGAUUUCUUCCGCAUGAAUCCUCCGGAAUUCCAUGGUGGGCUGAAUUCCGUGAAGGUUCAGGAGUGGAUAACCGACAUGGAAAGGAUUUUUCUGAUAGUGCAUUGUAGUGAAGAAAAUAAGGUUGUAUUUGAUUCUCACAUGAUGAAGGGUCCAGUUGUGAUAUGUUCUUUGAGGACUCAGAAAGAGUUUGAGUUUCAACAGAUCAGGAAGAGUACUAUGUCAGUAGCUGCGUAUGCUGAGAAGUUCGAAGAUAUGGCUACUUAUUCUAGACAAGCUGCAUACGCACCAGAUGAGUGGUGGAAGAUUGAUCAGUUUCUUUUUGGUCUGAGGGGUGAAAUUUCUCAUAGUGUUUCUCAAAGGGAAUUCACUUCUUAUGCUGAAUUCUUGAGGCAACAUUAUGUGGCUGAGAACAGUUUGAAGAAAGUUCAAGAAGAAAGGGAUUUGUACAAGAGUGGGCAGAGAGACCAAGGAAGGCCAGGAAGCCAGUUUAGGCCUAGAUCUCAGGCUUUCAAGGGAAAACAGGUGCAACAUGCAAGACCUAACCAACCACCUCAAUGUCAAGUGUGUAAGAAGUAUCAUUUUGGAAAAUGUACUGUAAGUGGAAUUAGGUGUUUUACAUGUCAUAAGGAGGGACACAUGUCUAGGGAAUGUCCUCAGAAUAAGAAUCAGAUGUAG